UUCGGGUCGGUGUCGGUGCUUUCGGCACAGCGUAGCCAAGCAGGCGCCAGCCAGUCACUUAACAAUAGUACCGCGUAUCCCAAUAAUAAAUGCCAAAAUGUUAAACGACAGUUUAUAAAUUAACACAUGUUAUUUUUGAUAAUCGGUUCAUAUAGUUUCCAAAAUGCUGUCGAAUAGACGCUUGAUUGCCGUUUGUGUGUUUGUAACAUGUUGCAACGUGGGUCUUUUGGUGCUAUUCUACAAUCUGAACGCGCACGAGAGGUGCUACGUCACGCUUGACGAGCAGUCGGUGAGAACGGUUGUUUCCAACGAGUUCCUCAGCGUCGGCAUCGACACAUCAGAAAUCGAGAAAUAUGACACAAUAGACUUUACAAAGCCGAGGUUUAGAAAGCUGGCAGCGGCGCUGGCGCCCGCGCGGCUCCGCCUCGGCGGUACCAUGUCCGACCGACUGAUAUUCAGCAAAGAGGAUGUUAUCCCUGCAACAUCUUGCGAUCUACCGUGCCCCAAAAACUACUCCAAAUCCGUCUGCUCUUCAAUCCAUAUCUUAUGCGGCAAGCCCCAUCCAUUCUUCAUAAUGACCGGUAAGAAAUGGACUGAGAUCAACGAGUUUUGUAAAGCGACGAAAAUGAGGCUCCUGUUCACCUUAAACGUAUUGCUACGCAACGACAGUGGUUGGUACGAUCAAAACGCUAUUGAACUACUAGAAUACUCCAAACAUAAAUAUCACCACAUAGACUGGCAGCUAGGGAAUGAACCUAAUUCCUUUCAACAUGUUUUUAAUGUAAGUAUCACCCCCCAAGCCUUAGCUCAAGAUUUUAAGCACCUCCGUAAGCUUCUUAAUCAUUACCGCUACAAGCACUCUAUGCUAGUUGGCCCUGAUACUACAAGACCUCAGGAGAGCCGACCGGAAUGUCUGCGCUACAUGGUUGAUUUCCUUUCAAACGGCUCUGACUACAUAAAUGCUAGGUCUUGGCAUCAAUAUUAUUUAAACAGCAGAACAGCCAAGUUGGAAGACUUCUGGAAUCCGGACACAUUUGAUUUGCUAAAGAGCCAAUUAAAAACUAUGCAUGACCACACAACACAGUACAAAAACAUACCAAUGUGGCUGACUGAGACAAGUAGCUCAUAUGGUGGAGGUGCCCCAGGUUUGUCAGACUCUUAUGCAGGUAGCCCACUAUGGUUAGACAAGCUGGGCCUGGCAGCCACCUACAAUGUGACCACAGUUGUAAGACAAAGUUUCUUCGGAGGCAACUACAGUCUAGUAGAUAAACAGUUUAACCCACUACCCGAUUGGUGGGUAAGUGUCAUAUACAAGAGACUAGUUGGUAACAAGGUAUUACGAGUAAACUGUAAGUGCUCACGCUUCCAGCGAAUGUAUGCUCAUUGUACAAACAGAAAAUAUACCAAUGACACAACAGCAGUGACUAUUUUUGCUGUAAAUUUGGAAAUGGCUAAAGCGAAAUUUCUUCUAAACGGAACUGCUUUGCAUGGAGAUAAUUUGUCUAUUGAUGAGUAUAUUAUUCAUGCUCCAUCAAACAAUAGACAAUCUAAGACAAUUUUAUUAAAUGGAUGGCCAUUGUAUUUUGAGUCUUCUAUGCCUGAACUAGAGCCGAUCCACAUAAAGUAUGGUAAUCAUAUUUCAAUGCCACCUUAUUCCAUUGCAUUUUGGGUGAUCAGGAAUACAUCUAUUAAGGUGUGUAAGUGAACAUAGUGUAGUGUUAGUAGGCAAGCUUUUCGUGAUCAGUGAUCAAAAUUUGGUACUCUUUGUGUUGUGUAUCUACAGUUUUAUGACUUAUGUGAGGAAUUCAAUUUUCAUUUCAUUCCAGUGUUUUUGUCUCCAUGUUUUAUUUGUUUAAAUGGAUGUCUUUAAACUGACCAUUUACUUGUCUUUUAUGACAUGUAUGCUUUAGGAGUCUCAGUACCUGUAAUUUAUUACUUAAGUGUGAUUUGAUCUGCUGUUGAACAAAAUUUUCGUGACUAGUAAGUUUCCAUUUUAUGGCAGCUCAUAAGUCAUAAUUAUGUAAUUUGAAUAAAAUGUCUUUUAUAGAAAAAUCAUAGAGCACAAUUGUGAAACUAAAUAUGUGGCAAAAUGUAUACACAUAUAUUUAAUGGUAUUAGAUUUGCGCACAAGAAUUGCAAUUGUAAUUUACUCAUAAAAAACAAUUCAUUUUGAACUAGAACAGUUUUUAGGGUAGACUUGAUAAGAUUGAUUUGUAUGCAAAAUGCAGUCCUAUGUUAGCUCAUUAGAGUUGCUUCAUAGUAAUUCUCGCAAUUGUAAUCACUCCUUGACAACUCAUAAUCAAUGUUCUUCAUUUGAUAACAAACUAAUAGUAAUAUUAUACCUACAUUGUAAUUUCGUGUAACAUCCAACCGCCUUUAAACUUAAAAUGUAUAACGUUGCAUUGUGUGGGCUAUCAAAAUCGCUACAGACUUUUCUUGGUCUACCUCUAUGUCUUCAGCAUAUGUAUUGAAAUUGGCGGUUGGCUGUUGCAUUGAGCUUGAAGGUUGCAAUUUUUCUCAAGUACUCGUACUGCAUCACUUUAAAAUGAACCUUAAUAAAAGGUACUAAAGAUAUUUUUAACUUGUCCAUUAUUCUUGGUGGUGACACGUGUAUCAUUUUCUCAACAAUCUUAUUCUGUUAUUGGAAUUUGAGCUUUGCUAAGAAUGGUUGAGAGAUAAAUUUGAGUUGAACAUGUAUGAUAGUAAUUGCAUCUGUGCACUUGACAUUUGGCAUGGAUGUUUACUUGUUUAGUUCCGAGUGCCAUUUGUUACUAUUAUUGUAAAUAAUAUGAACUGGUGGUCGAUUACGACCCUUUGUAGUAGUCAGAUGGACUUGAAAUUUAUUACCUACAUAUACACCUAAUGGUAACAUUCCAUUUCUGACCGCAGCUGCACUACUAGUACUGAACGCGUCGCUGACAUUGUCAAUUUCCAUAGUAAAAUGAACAGUAAUGCAGCUGUCGUUGGAAAUAGACUGUCACCUUAAUGGUAACAUUCCAUUUCUAACCGCAGCUGCACUACCGGUACUGAACGCGUCGCUGUCAUUGUCAAUUUCCAUAGUAAAAUGAACAGAAUUGCAGCUGUCGUUGAAAAUGGACUGUCACCUUAACGCGAAAAUAGAGAAAUAUUACGGAGAGUUUUACCAGAACAUACCACAUUUGUAUUGCUUAUAACUGAAUGUGCCAAUUUCGUGUUGAGACGGAUUGGGGAUCUAAAUAUGAUGACAACGCAGGUCAGCAGCAAUAAUAUUGUGAAUUUUCGUGAGAAUGAAUAAUAAUACCAUUUGUAGUGCUCUGUCAACUAUUGAAUUAGGUACUAAUGUAAUCCGUGUCGUGGCGGUGUCAUAUUCAUGCACAUAGCCAAUAUGAUCCAAAGUGAACGUGAGUGCCUUGAACAGCAAUACAUUUUAGGUUGCAUUUAAAUUACCUACUUAAAUUAUAUUUUAUAUAGAUUAAAAUUAAUACUAAAAGAUAAGACUCUAUCACUGUCCUCAUACAAAGUGAUAUGACAAAGUCCCACGUGUGCUUUGACUUUGAAGUGUUGUGUUUUGUGAACAUCACGAAUAAAUAUCUUAAUUUCAUCUAAGUUGUGAACCAUAGUGGAACCACGGUUUCUUAAAAAAUGCUUCAUGACCCUACAUUUGGGGCACCUUUUACCUCCUCGCUAUUUAGCAAGGCGGAUUCUGCCAAUGUCGAGGUGUAGACUUUUGACUGGUGAGAAGAGAAUGUUCGGUUAAAUUUUGACUUAUGUGGAAAGAUAGGCGGAUAAAAAGUAGGUAGGAACAUAUUUACAGUGGUGAUGGAGGUUUUCAUCAAUUAAAAAGUCGCUACAAAUUAAACUCGUGUUCUAGCGAUAUGGGAACAUUAUUUUAUUUGACCGUUAACUACCCGGCAUUUACAGACGUUGACGUAAUGUAGAUUACUUUCAAUGUCAAGUCUUUCAUUAUAAGUAAAACUUUGUAAACAAUGUUAAUGAGGCUAUAUUAUUUAUGAACGGGCAGUUAUAUGUCUUAGUAUAGGUUUACAGAUGGGUCACGACAUUGCUUGCCAAUCACAUGAGGCAAAUUUAAAUAGGUACGUUCGUGUUUAAUACGAUAUCCCGCGUAAUACACCGUUUUACAUAAAUUCCUACAACGGUCACCCGCGGUAAAAUGCGUUUGUGACUGUACUUCAUGUGAAUUUGGUUAGUUAAACGUUGUCCCUUAUAUACUACCACUUGUAACUAUGUAUUUAAGUACUACCUAUUUCUAUUCUUAUUACAAAAGUCACUUGAGUGACCAAAUAUAUAGUAGAACAGUCAGCCAACGAAAAUGUUAGUCUUUUUGAUGAAAUUAUUCUCAAGUUUGGCAAAUAGCAAAUACCUAAGAUAAGACGAAAGUAAAGUAGUAGAGCGUGUGUUCUUUUUUAAAAUGAGUAAAAUGACAAUUUUCUAGGUAUACUCGUACUGAAUAUUUUUAUAAGUAUGUAUGUACUUAUUUAAAAAAAACGCUAUUUUCUGCCGACUACUUCCUCAUUGUACUCGUAUGUAGGUACCCAUUAUAUUACAAGUUGGGUAGUUGGCCUUGGAAUAAAAUGUAUUUAACCCAACACGUGGUAUAUUAAACCUGAAUAAAUAUUAAUAAAUUCUAAAUGUAAUGUCUCGAGGUCAGAGUAUAUAAUAAAAUAAAGUAACGAAAUUUCGUAAGUAUACCUACAGUACAAAUUGAUACAUUUUAUUCCAAAAUGGACAAAAAUAGUACCCAUUUCUGCUGCUCAUUACUAUAUGUUAUGUACAAAAACUUUUUAAUUGUCUGUUUACACGAUCUUAUGGUAUUUUUUUUAAAUUAAUAAGUUAAGUCGGAAGUUUUUUCUCGUGUGCUUAUUAGAAUAUUCGGUGCCUAAUGUAAGACUGAUUAGCGUACAAUAAAGUCGACUGUAUUUUCAAGCAAUCUCGUAUGCAUCGCCUGCAAUGCAAUGCAUAUCAAACUUGCAUCUACAUUCAAAAUGGAAACCGAACAUGCAUUUAUGUUAACGGAACUAACGUUUUUGUGGGAAAAUAAACCCUCCGCCAAAAACACGCUCCCAUACAAUUGAAGUUACGCUCUUAUUUUUACACUAAGAACAUUCAAGUAACAUAUCUAAUUCCUUUAAACGAGCAAUUCUAAAUUGUAUCUUAUACUUUAAACAAUUCUUGUUUAUUUGUAUAUUAUAUUUCGAGGAUCAUAUUUGAGGAGCGCUGGUGGCCUAGCGGUAAGAGCGUGCGACUUGCAAUCCGGAGGUCGCGGGUUCAAACCCCGGCUCGUACCAAUGAGUUUUUCGGAACUUAUGUACGAAAUAUCAUUUGAUAUUUACCAGUCGCUUUUCGGUGAAGGAAAACAUCGUGAGGAAACCUGCAUACAUCUGCGAAGAAAUUCAAAGGUAUAUGUGAAGUCCCCAAUCCGCAUUGGGCUAGCGUGGGGACUAUAGCCCAAGCCCUCUCGCGCUCGAGAGGAGGCCUGUGCCCAGCAGUGGGACGGUAUAUAGGCUGAGAUGAUGAUGAUGAUGAUGAUUUCGAGGAUCUCGGAAACAGCUCUAACGAUUUCGAUUAAAUUUGCUAUAUGGGGGUUUUCGGGGGCGAAAAAUCUAUCUAGCUAGGUCUUACCCCUGGGAAAACUCGCGUUUUUGAGUAUUUAUGUUUUCCGAGCGAAGCUUGGUCUCUCAGAUAUUGACUAUCUAUAUGCCUGGUUUUUAAUUUAAUACCUACACGUAAAAAAAAGUUCGUGUUGGAAGUUUUUUUAUGUAAAGAGUUAACUCGCUCUAUUUUCUUUGUAUUACAAUUACUAGCAACGCAAACUAGAACGGGACAUAGAUAUUUUAAGUUUCAUGUCAUUUCAGCAAGUCGUUUUAAAAUGAGAGUGUAAUUUGGAUUGUAUGGCGGCGGUUAGGUGAGGCGUUAGGAAGUUUUGGUAUGCAUUGACAAACUUACGUUACUUACAUGGUUGUUACAUUAUAUUUUUAUCCAGGUUGUUUAAAAGAGGUUGCCAAAAUUCAGUCGAAUAUAUUUAUUUGCAUUAUACAGGGUGGCCAAAAAAUAAGUGUAUUCUCGUUACCAGGGAGGUUUUGGGAUUAUACUGAGCAUCUUUUACUAUGGGACCAACACCGAAAACGUGAAAAAAAUUUUGGCUGUUUCAUAAAUUUUGGCCGGUCCAUUUUCUAUGGGUGGGUAAAUUUUUUUUCUCCCAUUGUAAAUGUUGCUCAGUAUAAUCCCAAAACCUCCCUGGCAAUCUUAUUUUUUGGCCACCGUGUAUAAAUCUGCUAAGAUGUAAUGUGGUAUAUAUUUUAUAUAUCUUGUUAUAAAUUCUAUAUUGAUAAACGUAUUGAACUAGGCAUUCAAGUCGAUAAUUUGUUCUGAAGGACAGGGGUCAAAAGCAUUUCUGUUUCAAGCACUUUCCUUAUCUACAUCGAUAAACGAAUUCCACAGCGUUAAAGAGCUUACCCAAACUGACAUUAAAUAUAUGUUCCAGGAAAAUGAAUACCUAAAAAUGAUAAUAUUUUAACUGAUUGUUGAAUAUGAAUGUAUAAAUUGUAGUACCUAGUCUAGAUAGUUUUUUAUAUAUCUUUUCUCAGCAACAUUAAUUUGCGUUUCGUAUAGAAUGUUACAGUUGUAAGGUACUUUAUGUUCUUAUGCCUUCCUUAAUUCUUAGGUUUUGUAUUUUUAUAUGUUUCUAUGUUUAUAUUGUUCUAGAUGUGGCUUAAGUAGGUACAGUCAGCAUCAGUGUGUGACCGCUAACGUGGCCAAAUAUAUCGUAACACACCUCUUGUCGCAAUUUAAAUAUACAUGUGAUGUGACCCGUCACUAUCUAUUAGAAGCUGACUGUACGGUACGAUGUUAACAUUUAAAAUGCCUUGAACUCCUUGGGUACACGCCAAAAUGAAUUUCACAUUCUCCUAAAACUUAAUACCCGCCUGCUUUUGUUUUAUUAAACGUCAGUAAGUGCAUAAGUACACGCAUUUUGGCAGCAUAAGAGUGAAUUGCAAAAAAAUUGGACAUUGUAACUGUUAGUCUAAAGUUAAUUGAUUCCAUUGUGUUACGACAGCCAUUUCUAUUUAAGUUAGAUGCAUGAAAACGUGUUAGCGUAUGCUAAAGACUUAUAUGUGUACGAAUUAAGUAAAUAAAUACAAUACAAUUCACAUAGGAUAGUUAAUUUUCGUAACACAAAUGAAUCAAUUAAGUUAAGACUUCACAAGACCUUCACAGCUUCUUAACUGCGGUUAAUUACGUAAUUUUUUUUGCAAUUCACUGAUAACCUCAUUUUAUUUUGGUAUAUUAGAAAUGUUCGAGUGUAUGUUAUUAAAUUAUAAUUUAAUUGAUAGCCCAUCUAGAAUAAAAUUGGCGAUUUUAGAUUUUGUAUUGUGCACUAUUGUGUUACUUUACUAGAUAGUUAUGUAUAUUCCUUAACUUAUUUUUCUAGACAUAAAGUUACUUUGUAGAAGCAACUUGGUAUCUGUUGUGAAGUGUUGUGGCUAGAUUAUUUAAAUACUGCAGCAUUAUUAAAACCAUAAUCUAUUACAAGAGAUAUGUUUACUAUAAUGAUCUACUUUUGGUGUUGCCCGAUCGAAGAUUUUCUGAUUACAUUUACUCUAGGAUUAAGAAUACUUAGGUACUUAGUGCAAAAAUGUGUCAAAAUUUCUGCUUAUAACCGUACGUUAUCUCGUUAUAUUUAUAUACUUAAUUAAAAUAUGAUAUAUGCAAAACUACCGUAUGCAUUAUGUAUAUGAUUAUAAAUAGUUUAUAUUGUUAACUUUCGCCAUAUUAGAUAAUAUUAUUAGACUGCAACAGCGCAAUGAAUUCAGCUAGUUCACCCUGUGGAAAUAUUUUAUACAAUGUGACAGAUUUUCAUUGCUCUUUAGUGUAGCUUUGUCAUCUGUUGUAGAAAUAAUAAAUGAGAACCUUUGUAAAGUACGUCUAGAAUAAAAGCUAGUCUGUGCUGCGGAAAGAGAGGAGUCGUGUAAUGUAUGGGCUCCCUUACAUUCCACGACUCUUCUCUUUGCCGCACAGACUAUCAUAUUUUCGCCCUUUGAUCUUUUGCCAAUCAUUUUACGGCAAUUUUUAUGUAGAACAGAUAUUGACUGUCUUUGGCUUAUGUUGUACUACUUUUUUUGAUACCUACCUAUCUCAACUUUUCUGACGUAGGUAUAUCUUUUCAUUCCAGUCACGACAAACUAUAGGCGUGACGACAAAGUUUCAUUUUUGGUGGGUAACGUUUACACAAGAGGUAGGUAGUUAUAUAUGUACUAUAGAUGUAGCUUGCAGGUGGACGAUUCUACAUACUACUUAUACAUUACAUUCAAGUUCAAUAUUUCCAUUAUGGUGGUAUAAUUUUGUCUCUACAUUAUAAUUUUGUGAAGAAUAUCUUUUAUCGUUACAUUGCCCGAUACUUUUAAAUGAUCUCAUUCCUCAUCUAUCUAUACUAAAUGACCUGACUUAGCAGAUAUAUAACUGCGUUCCUAAUAACUAUUACUACUAUAGAUAAUACCUAAAGGAUAACAAAAUGUCAAAACAGUACCUAUGGAUGUGCGUUAUUCAAUUAAAUUUGUGCCUUUACUCGAUAAUAAAUAUU